UAUUUUCGCGUUGUGUGGAAAUUAUUGUUUUACUGGGCCCCCCGUUAUUUUUUUUUUUUUGGCCCUUUUUCUUAAGCAUCUCUUAUGUAGAAUAUCUUUAUUCAUUAUAUGUUUUUGCUUUCAUUUCACAUUGAGACGACUGUUAUUAUGGGAACACUACUGUUAUGGAAGAAUGCAUGAAUAUGGAUAUGGGACUUCUUUCUUUCUUUUUUUCUUUCCUUCUUUUUCUUUUUCACACCACCUUUUCUCAUGUCCAAGUGACAUGGUCUCAAAGAAAUGGGCCGGCGAACGAGCGGCUUUCGUUCUGCGUGGGAAUAGCAAGGGGUGAGGGUGUUUUCUUAUUAUUUGCUGGAUUGAUACUGGGACAGGGAGGAGUCGGAGGGGAGCAACGUGCUUGGUAUAGAUGGGGCUGGCUGAUGGAGGGAGGUGCAACAGAUUGUUCCUUUUUUCUUUUUCCUUUUCUUUCCGUUUUUCCUCUUCUCUGUCUUGCUAAGAUUAGAGAACGCAAAAGGGGAUUCCCCCUUUCUUUUCUUUUUUUUUCUUUUUUUCUUUCCGUUUUUCGUCUUCUCUGUCUUGCUAAGCUCGGAGAACGCAAAAAGGGAUUUAAAUUAUUCUAUUUAAUGCUGCUGGUUUGCUUUUCUCUCUUCUCUCUGUCUAUCUUUAAUUUUAUCUGUGCUGAGGUAGAAACCCGUGCACUCUAUUGGAUAGUAGGAUAGACAUGCAAUUUAAGAAUUUUCACGAUAACUACAACUUCUUCUACUGUAAAUAGAUCUCAUGUGUGUCUAGUGAAUGCCAAG